AUGGAGGGUCCGAAUCAGGUUGAAUAGUAAAAGCGCCUCUGUUUAGGGCUUCGUUUUCGAAUGAACUUACGAGUCAACGGAACAUAUAAGGAUUUGCAGUGAGGAAUGGACAGCGACAGGAAGAAGGUGUCUUUUAAGUGGCUGAAAGGGGUUUCUUACUACAACACACCAAUGCACGAAGAGUCAACUGCUCACCCCCUCACUGACUCUCCAGGGGCGGAGCUACUUGGAGCAAUGAGUCUGGACACGCCUAAAAGAAAAGCAGAUGUGUUCUGUAAGAGCAUGCCAUCUGCAGGCAAAGCCAAGCUUAGAAAACAGUCCAGGGAAAAUUUUGAAACUUUUAAAGCUUUUGAGAGAUCUGAUGCAGAAGAGUUGCUCCUGCAAGAAGAAUCUCCAACAAGUCAAACAGUAUCACCAACCUCAAAUCACUCUUUCCUCUUAAAAAAGAAAGAAAGGACACCUGAGGAGGGAUCGAGGGCAAUCUGCCGGAUGGCACUGAUUGACGCUAUUGGCAAGACGAAAGUAAGCCUUGGCGAAACUAAAGACCCCAGCCUAGCGACUGAGAGUGGGCCUUUGCACGCUGUACCUGCACCUAUACAGGCUGAAGAGCAAACUGCGGAGCCUUUUGUGAAUAGAAACCGCUGCUUGAGCAGUCCAAGCAAUUAUGAGGAUGUCGGAGCACUGUUUGAGGACUCACAGUCACAAAGUUCCUGCUCAGAGUCGAAAACGGAUACCAGGGAUCUUGUUUUUGUGGAGACCAACCCCAACUGUAAAUUAACUGUAAAAACUCCUCUAACUUUUCUGGGGGCAACGUCUUCGGCCUCCUUUUCACCUACUGUUAAUGAUGGCGAAUCUGAGCAGGAAGCCUCAGAUGGAACGGAGUCCUACGUUUUACCAGAAAUAAAGGAGGUUUGUGUUUCAUUCAUGCAGCAGGACCAACCAAACAUGGAGCCUUUAAAUCGCUUCAGAGCUAGCACUCAGGAUUUUUACUCAUCCACUGGCACCAGUACAUCGGACUCUCUCAAUGUGCCACUUUAUUCAGUUGCGCCAUGUAGACAAAGUGACUGCUUCACUUCGAUGCGUCACCCUCACUCCUCCUCAUCAUCUGUUUUCCCCUCCAAAAGAAGUUUAUCCUUAGGGGCUAACCCUCUGUGGACCACUUACCCUGACUGUAACUCUCAGGCUGGCUUCAUCGACACACAUUGUCAUCUGGACAUGCUCUAUGGAAAACUUGGAUUCAAAGGAACGUUCGGCCGCUUCAGGCAGGUUUACAGCAGCAGCUUCACUCCCCAGUUUCAAGGCUGCAUCACCAACUUCUGUAACCCAUAUGUCAUGAUGAAGGAGGCCUUGUGGGAAGGUUUGCUUUCUGAAGACAUGGUAUGGGGAGCAUUUGGCUGCCAUCCACAUUUUGCCAGAAGUUACUCAAAUAUUCAAGAAAACAAUAUUCUGGUGGCAAUGAGGCAUCCAAAAGCGGUGGCAUUUGGUGAAAUGGGCCUGGAUUAUUCCCACAAAAACUCCACUGACUCUUCAAGGCAAAAACAAGUGUUUGAACGUCAGCUGCGUUUGGCCGUAACCAUGCAGAAACCUCUGGUGAUCCACUGCAGGGAUGCAGAUGACGACCUGCUGGAAAUAAUGAAGAAGUGUGUGCCCAGAGAUCACAAAAUUCACAGACACUGUUUCACAAACAGUUACUCGGUGAUCGAGCCCUUCCUCACAGAGUUCCCCAACCUGUACGUGGGCUUCACAGCACUGAUCACCUACAGCAAGGCCAGGGAAGCCCGGAACGCCGUUCGCCGGAUCCCUCUGAACCGUAUUGUUCUGGAGACGGAUGCUCCCUAUUUCCUACCAAGACAGGUUGGCAAAGAUGUGUGCCAGUUCUCUCACCCAGGAAUGGGUAUCCAUACCCUGCAUGAGCUGAGCUGGCUGAAGGGGGAAGACGAGGCCACGGUGCUCAAAACCAUCCGAAACAACACCUCUCUGCUGUACGGCAUAUAAUCCUACACCAGGACAACAAUCAGUUCACACAGUGCUGUUUUGCAACAAAAACACUGUUCUGUGUUUGUGUUUUGUUUUAGGUUUAAGAAGCCCCUCGUUUUUUUUUUUUGUUCGUCUAGAAAAGCGGUUUAAAUUUUUAAAAAAUGAUCUUUAAAUUUAUUUUUUGUCAAAGAAUAAAGGUUUAAAAAGCUUUCAUGAAAACCUUAAAUUAAUCUCUACACAACUAUUAAAAUGUUUACAUUUUAGGUAAUUGCUUAUGUGAAUUAAUUUCAGAAAUAUUUUUAAUUUUUAUUGAUUUCUAUGCAGCUGAAUAUUAGUUGUUCCAGUCUGUUUAUGUUGUCUACCUUCUGUGUAGUUUGGUUUAAUUAGCUGGAGAAGUAUUAAAUACCUUUAACAUGGACUGUUUAUUCUGUUUACUUGAAUUGGUGAUGAAAAAGUGUGUUGAAGCAUAUUUUUAGUAGAACGUGCAGAGAUGGAUGCCCCAUUAGCCAGCUUUUAUAAAACCCUCCUCUCCACCACACAGUUGCUUCUAAGUGCUUUUUAUUUUGGGUGCAAUUAGUCAUGUUGCAUGUUUUUAUGGGUUAGCUUGCCAUUAAAGUAGUAGUAUGACAUUUUCCUUGUGCUCCAGGGUUGCUAAGAGACACUUUAAAAUG